AUCCAAGUAAAAUUUUCAUUACAAUAAUAUCUUCAUUUUAUUUCCUUAAACGAUGGAGUUAAGUUCGUAAAUUUGUUGGUAUUGGUUGAAAAAGGUGGUAAAAAAAAAAGUAAUGCAUGUUGCAUAUAUGGUAGGGGUGGCUAUACGGUCCGGUCCGGUUAACUUGGACCAAAUUGAUCCGGUCCCAGUUCGGUCUUUUCGGGAAUAUAAGAAUCAAAGAUUAGAUUGGAUACAGUCCGAUUUUGAUCCGGUUCGGUCUUGACCCGGUCCGGUCCCAAUUUGAUCUUGAUUUUAGGUGUUUGGGGUCUCUUAUCCGGUCUUUAUUCGGUUUUUUUACCUCAAAUCUAAGCCCGAAUAUAAGAUUGGAUUGUUUGCUAUCCGGUCCCAGUCCGGUCCCGAUCCGGGUUAUACGGUUUCGGGUAAAACCAAACAGUCCGGACCAAAUAGCCCACCCUAAUAUAUGGUGUGUGGUAUAAGCGCGUAAGAGUGCAGCGAAUGAGAUGCUUAACCCACCCGCCGAGCCCCUGCGCGCUGAACGAUGCUUUGCUUUGCUUGAGAACUUGGGCUUGAAUCAGCCACCACACUUUCUCUUCUCAGUGGCCGGAGGCGGAAUGGUCUUUUUGGGCUUUCUGAGUAUUUUCUUUUCCCUUUUAUUUAUUUAUUUUGCAUGACGAUGAAUUGUUAAUCAAUUUUUUCUUUUCUUUUCUUUUGUUAAACUUGGAACGUACGUAGUACGUACAGAAUCAGCUAGGAAGCAGGCAGGCAGGCGCAGGGAUCCAUUGCUUGAGAGAAGGGCUGUUUCCCAAAUGCCUUUGUGCCUGCCUUCAAAUUAAAGGAUGAGCUUCUGUCUUUAUAUUAAGGGGUGAAGUGAGGCAGGCGUUUUCUCUUCAUUAAUUUCUCCGAUCCCGGCGGCCAGAGAAAGAGAGAGAGAGCCGACGACGACAACAACAACAAGAAUAAUAAAAAAAAAUGUCGGAUUGGGCGCCGAUAUUGCUGGGAGUGCUUCUAUUCAUAGUGCUGUCGCCGGGGCUGGUGUUUCAGAUGCCCGGGAACACGAAGCACUUCGAGUUUGGGAGCCUGAGAACCAACGGGAAGGCAGUGAUAGUCCACACUCUCCUCUUCUUCGCCGUCUUCACCAUCCUCAUUCUAGCCCUUCAUGUCCGCAUCUACAUGGACUAGCAACCCAACCGACCCAUUUAGCUACCUAAUACAUCUGCACGCCCGCCCGCUACUCUUCUUCAUUUCUUUUGUUGUUUCGUUUGUUUAGGUAUUUAACCCGAGUACGUGGUUGUUUUUUUAAUAUCUUUUUUGGGUUGCUCAUGUUCAACUGUACUUUACUUUACAUUAUGGUGAUGUUCUUGAGUUUCGGAUCAAUUCAAUCUGAUUAAUCUCAACAACUUCUUUUGUAAUUCCUUUUGUAAUGCGAUUACCCUGAUUUAUUAUUAACACUUUGUAUUUAUCUUCAGUAAAAUCAAAAGUGUUGUAUAUAUCUUGAAGUAAAAAAUUGAUAUCUAAACCUUAAAUUGACCGAAGUUUGGUACAUGGUACUAAGUUAUCUCAUCUUCAAUAUAACAUCAAUUGAACU